AUGGGCGCAGUUCCGAUUGUGCUCUGCGCAUGGCUGCUCUAUGUCACAAUUCGCACCAUUUUGGUCUACAGGACACAAGUGCCGGGCCCGUGGUACUCAAAUGUCACAAGUCUAGUGCAGAAGUACUAUGAAUUUACUCGCCGUAGACGGUUGUGGAUUCAUCACCUCCACAAGGUGUACGGACCCGUGGUUCGAUUGAAUCCGAAUGAAGUAUCGUUCGCCAAUUUGGACGGAAUGAAGGAAAUAUACCAGAGUGGGGGAAGUGGUUAUGACAAGGCGAGCUUCUACGACCUUUUCAUGCAGUACAACUGUCGGACCAUGUUUUCCAUGCUGAAAAGGAACGAUCACGCACGACAGAAGAAGAUAUUUGCUGAAAGAUACUCGAUGACAAACGUCCUUUGUCCUGACGUUUUGGAUGGGAUCCAAGUUCGCGCAGCAAAAGUGUUGCAAAAGAUCAAGUCGUCGACAGAUUGCUGUCUGGAUGUCUAUGUCACGCUUCAUUGUUACGCUGUUGACUGCGCGUCACACUUUCUUGCCAACCCGAGAGGCUUGAACACACUAGACGAUGUGAACGACUUUAAGAUGAUGCAGGAGCUCUCAUACCAUGACACCCUGAGGCAAAAGCUGAUGGAACAAUAUUGUCCUCCUCUUGACAAGAUUGCAAAUAUCUUCCGACCUGCGCCGUGGCCCUUGACCAAACAUUUUAUCCUCGAGCGAGCGCGAGAUACACAGCUGAAUGGAACCUCACUCGUCCACAGCCUGCAAGCCAAGUCCACCGAGCUGGACACCGUCCAAAUAGCUGCGGAAUGCCUUGACCACUUGGCAGCUGGGAUCGACACGACGGGCGACGGGCUUUGCUUCCUGAUGCACGAACUUUCGUUACCCCGAUCUGCGAAGAUUCAAGAGUCCCUAUACGAGGAGAUUGUGCAAAACCCUCACGUCAAAGCCACUGACUUGCCCUAUCUCGAUGCAAUCGUCAUGGAAGGUCUGAGACUCUUUCCGCCCUUGCCCAUGAGUUUACCACGAUCCGUACCGGUCGGUGGCAGCACCAUUUCCGGGUACAAGCUCCCCGGAGGGACGACGGUCAGCUGUCAAGCAUAUUCUUUACACCGACUUAAUCCGGACAUAUAUCCCGACCCUGACGCUUUCAUUCCUGAACGAUGGCUAGAAAAAGAGAAAAGGGUGGAGAGAAACCGGCUCUUUUUUGCCUUUUCUGCAGGAGGGAGAGGCUGUAUUGGAAAGAAUUUGGCUCUGGUGGAAAUGAAAACCUUACUGCGGGAGAUAUAUGGAAAGUUCACAACCCGGCUGUCUCCUCAGUUCACCGCAGACAUGUCUAUAGACGAUCAGAUCAUUGCGUCACGACCGAAGGAUCAGACAUGUGUGUUGAAAUUCGAGGAGCGGAUAUCUUCAUCUAGCCAGUGA